UGUCUUGGGGGUGACCUGUGUGCUUGGUGAGGAAGUAGGGAUGGUGCUCGGGUCAGGCUGGUGGAGGAGCACGGCCUGUGUGAGACAGACAGCCCAGGGGUCACCAGCCUACAUGACCAAACCCAAAGCUGAUUUGCCUCAGCCUGUGGGCCCUGUGGCCAUGUGCAUGUGUCCAUCAGGGCCAUCUGUGCCGCAUCCUGUAGCCACGUCGCUGCCAGCCCCCAGGCUCACUGGGGCCUGGUGGUGGUGGUGGCAGCAGUGUGUCUGAGCCGAGCUCCUCCCCCUCUCUUUCAGGGUCCCUGGCAUGUUGCUCAAGGCCUUCUUCCCCACAUGCUGCAGCUCAGUGGACAGCGGCCUGCUGGUGGGCCGGUGGGUCCCAGAGCAGAGCAGCGCCGUGGUCCUGGCUGUGCUGCACUUUCCCUUCAUCCCUGCCCAGGUCAAGGAGCUCCUGGUGCAGGUGCAGAGGGCCAGCCGGGUAGGCAUGGCCGUGCUGGGCACCUGGUGCCACAGCCAGCAGGAGCCCGAGGAGCCCCUGGGCCACUUCCUGGAGGGCCUGGGUACCAUCUUCCCCCAUGAUCCCUGGCUGCAGCUGUGCCGGGAAAGGGGCAGCAAGUCCUGGAGCUGUAAAGUAUCCUGCCAGCAGGCACCUGCGGCACUGGGGGUCCCCUGUGAGGACCAAGUCAUGCUCAUCUUUUACGACCAGCGCAAAGUGCUGCUGUCCCGACUGCACCCAUCUGCGGUCCUGCCUGACCACCAGGCUGGGGACGCCCCGGCCAGCACCAGGGGCCUGGCUGCUGUCUUUGACACAGUGGCACGCAGCAAGGAGCUCUUCCGCAGCAACCAGUUCAACGAGGGCCCCGUGCGGCUGAGCCACUGGCAGUCGGAGGGCGUGGAGGCCAGCAUCCUUGUGGAGCUGGCAAAGUGGGCCUCGGGGCCUGUCUGCCUGCUGCUGGCCUGCCUGCUGUCACUGGUUUCGGCUGCCAGCACCUGCCGGGUGUUCAGGCUGUGGCCCCUGUCCUUCAUCGGGAGCAAACUGUCCACCUGCGAGCAGCUCCGCCACCGGCUGGAGCACCUCACACUUGUCUUCAGCACCCAGAAGGCCGAGAGCCCUGCCCAGCUGAUGAGGAAGGCCAACAUGCUCGUCUCUGUGCUCCUUGAUGUGGCCCUUGGCCUCUCGCUACUGUCCUGGCUCCACGGGAAGAACCGAAUUGGGCAGCUGGCUGAUGCCCUCGUCCCCGUGGCUGACCACGUGGCCAAGGAGCUUCAGCAUCUGCUGCAGUGGCUGAUGGGGGCACCCGCUGGGCUCAAGAUGAACCGGGCACUGGACCAGGUGUUGGGCCGCUUCUUCCUGUACCAUAUUCACCUGUGGAUCAGCUACAUCCAUCUCAUGUCCCCCUUCAUCGAGUGCAUCUUAUGGCAUGUGGGCCUCUCAGCCUGCCUGGGCCUGACCGUCGCCCUAUCCAUCCUGUCGGACAUCAUCGCGCUCCUCACCUUCCACAUCUACUGCUUCUACGUCUACGGUGCCAGGCUGUAUUGCCUGAAAAUCUAUGGCCUGUCCUCGCUCUGGCGUCUGUUCCGGGGGAAGAAGUGGAACGUUCUGCGCCAGCGGGUGGACUCCUGCUCCUACGACCUGGACCAGCUGUUCAUUGGGACUCUGCUCUUCACCAUCCUGCUGUUCCUCCUGCCCACCACAGCCCUGUACUACCUAGUGUUCACCCUGCUCCGGCUUCUGGUGGUCACUGUGCAAGGCCUGAUCCAUCUGCUCGUGGAGCUCAUCAACUCCCUUCCACUGUACUCACUCGGUCUUCGGCUCUGCCGGCCCUACAGACUGGCGGCUGGCGUCAAGUUCUGCAUCCUGGAGCAUGAGGCUGGCAGGCCCCUCCGUCUCCUGAUGCAGAUAAACCCCCUUCCCUACACCCGCGUGGUGCACACCUACCGCCUCCCCAGCUGUGGCUGCCACCCCAAGCACUCCUGGGGUUCCUUGUGCCGCAAGCUGUUCUUCGGGGAGCUCAUCUACCCCUGGAGGCAGAGAGGGGACAAGCAGGACUGAGGAGCCCAACCCACCACAUGGCCACAGCCAGCUGUCCGUUCUGCCAGAGGGCUCUGACUGGGGGCAGUGCACAUCCGUGCAGCAGC